AUGUCUUCAUACUUGGUAACCGGAGCCUCCAGAGGGCUUGGAUUUGAAUUUCUUCGGCAACUGUCUGCCGAUGCAAACAACAUCGUCAUUGGGGUUGUCCGAAAUGCCGAGGCUACUAAGCAGAAGGUGGACGCCGAGCUGCAGCGUAAGAACAUCCACGUCCUACAAGCUGACCUUGAUGACUUCGAUGCGAUAAAGACAGCCGUGAAUGCUGCAUCGGAAAUCACGGGUGGAAGCAUCGACUAUGUCAUUGCAAAUGCGGCUUUCAUCUCAACCUGGUCAUCUUACGAUGGCAUUAGCGUUCUGGGAGAGAAACCGAAGCGGCUAGAACAGGACUUAUUCGACUCGUUCCGUACGAACGUCGUCGGCAAUGUUCAUCUCUUCAAUCUCGCCCUACCACUCAUCCAGAGAGGUCUUGCAAAGAAGGUGAUCACAGUCUCAUCCGGUAUGGCUGACUUGGACUUCAUAUCCAAGUCCGGCAUCGAGGUCGGAGCCCCUUACUCGAUCAGCAAAGCAGCACUGAAUACAGCUGUGGCCAAAUUCAGUGCGGAACACUCCCAUCAAGGCAUUCUAUUCUUCAGCAUUUCGCCCGGAGUGAUCGAUACGGGGCUGUAUGACAACGCUACAGAGGAAGAAAAGCAGAAGGGAAUGGCCAUGCUUGGCAAGAUGGCGAAGUACGCACCACAUUUCGCCGGCCCGACUACCACAGAGUCUUCGGUGAAGGACAUGCUCUUCUUCAACUACCAAAUAUACGUCGGUGAGAACGUGUCGAUGGCGACAUCUGCAAGCGACAAUCGCGACUUGAACAAACAAGUCUCCACAUCAACUAGACUCGAGCAAUGGACUACAGCCAGCGACGGACUUACCGAGACCCAUCACCAUGCGCUCCGCUUAGCCCUCAAAGGCCGGGCCUAUCUAAGCAACGAUUCCAGGAUGAAGAUAUUUGCGAGGCCCAACAAGACAGCCAAAACACGUAGAUCCGUACUUUUCCUAUGGAUUUGGGAGAUUCUAUCUCUCGUUCUUGCCACAUGUCUCUUGGCCGUGACAAUCACGGUUAUCCUCGGCCAAGAUGAUCACCCCCUGAGAGACUGGCCCUUGGACCGGAUCAUAACUCUGAAUUCUCUUGUCAACUUACUCUCCACCAUAUUUCGAGGGAUCUUAGUAUCUAUUGCAACCGAGCUCAUCGCACAGGCGAAGUGGACGUGGUUCUGGUGCGACAAAUUUUCUCAACGCCGAAUGGGAAACCUGCAGCAUUUCGAUGAUGGUACUCGUGGCGUCUGGGGGGCGCUGAAGUUGAUGAGAAUUGUCACUUGGCGCAGCCCAUCGAUUCUCGUCGCUGUGGUUGUCCUCGUAUCGUCCUUUGCUGUUGGGCCCUUCGUUCAGCAAUCUAUCGGGCACGUCGACAAGAACGAAACUCUUGGCCCUGGCACUGGAAUGAUCCCGGUGACGCGACAUGUUGACGGCCUGAACAUCAGAACACUUAUCGGUGACAACGAAGGCAUGGCUUUGAGGUCAGACAUCAAGGGUGCAAUUCAGACUCUCGCCUUGAGCCGCAACGGUUCUGAUUCGGUUGUUGUGCCGACCUGUCCAACAGGAAACUGCACUUUCAUCGGUCUUGGCUCAAACACCUCCGUCAAAGCUGGGUUGAACGUUACUCAUGCUUCCGCCGGCAUUUGCAAUAUCUGCACUGAUAUUAGAGAAAUGAUCGAUCAUCGGGGCUUGAUCGACAAUCUUCAGGCCAUUAAUCACAGCUUGGCAAACGGAAUUUCAAUCAUCAACACGGAUAGAGAAGGAGGGAUGAGGGUUAUAUCAGGCGAUCUAUCGUGGACCAAUGGUACCAUACCGCUAGAGGCGCUCGAACGGGCUUCGGUCUCAUUUGCGAAUGUCACUGUCUUGACAAGCACGGCCCUUGACGGCAACAUCAACGUACACAAACCCAAACACGCCAUAGCCAUCACUUGCUCGCUUUACCCUUGUAUUCGGACAUACUCGGCAAUCAUUAGUCGAGGAGUCCUAUCCGAGACUCCCAUUACGGAGACCCCAAUGAGUUACGAUAUUCGCGAUAAGAAGUCUACAGGGCCCAAACAAGCUUGGGAUCUAUCUGCAGUACAGCUGCCUUGCCUCAUCAAAGGGAAGGUAUAUACCGAAGGAAACCUCUCACAAGGCGCAGACCCCUCCAUGGUACGACACGUAAACGCGGGGAAAACUUCAGAGAUUGGCUCUGCGUUUCAGGCUCCCGAAGAGUGUAUCUACCGCAUUGACAACAAUUUCAAGCUUCUGAUGUCACAGUUUUUCUCAGAAGAAUUCUUCAAUGGCACUUGCAGUUGGGUCUCCACACAGCCCAACUCGAUCAACUGUGGGAGUGCCAUCUGGCUUUCAAGGCUCUGGUCCCAUGGAGAAUCAACACCUGCCAGCCUAAAGCAACUCUUCACGGACUUUGCGACUGCCUUGACCAACCAAAUGAGAUUAGGUAUGGGAAGAGAAGACAACACCACAUCGGUAGUCAACGGCGAAUCACUUCAACUCGUCACUUUUAUAGCCGUCAAACCAUAUUGGCUCAUCUUCCCUGCGAUACUACUCAUCAUAGAAAUAAUGGCCCUUUCAUGGAUGAUAAGUCUGACAGUUGUCUACCGAGACGAAUUGGCUGUAUGGAAGGGCAGUAUACUACCUCUUCUGUUCUAUAGAGACUCCUUUUGGGGAAAUGCCGAUCGAGAUAGCGCCUCGAAGAGGCUCUUAACAACAGAGGAGAUGGAGGAACAGGCGGAUCAGAUCAGAGCCAACUUCUCGCGGAAUAUUUGGAAGAAGUGA